UAAUAAUAUUUUUGUUUCCGAUGUGUAUUUUCCAAACCAUACCUUCAUAACUGAGUGUUUAUGCUUCUUUUUUUUUUUUUUUUUUUUUUUUUUUUUAAUAUUAGUAUUCAUUUUUGGAUCCUCUGAUUUAUUUGAUUGUUAUUCUUCUUUGAUUGUUCUGAUUUAAAUGUUCUACACUUCUUCACAUCAGAUUUGGAGAUAACAUGGUCAUGGCAGAAUUUUUCAGCCACAGUUUCUAUUGGUAAAUUGUAAAACCAGAAAUUAUGGGGGAUGCAAAUUUUGUACUUAGCUGUUAGCACAGACCUGUGUGUUUAAAGUGCCCCAGCUCCUAAAAGGAGAUUGGCUAAAUAUACUGUAGACAAAGAGACAUGGAAGAUUAGCAGUGAUUAAAGGUUCACUAGCCUGAAUAGUGGUUGCAGCUGUAGUGAGAGAGGAGCAUAGCCCGUACAUUUAAAAACCCAGGUAAAGACAAGCACCAUAUAGUUGGAAUACAUUUACAAAUUUUAUUCUGUGUAGCAUUGGAGAACAUCUGUUAGUCUGUUAGAAGUAUUAUCUGUGUAAGUAUAUGUUCUGUUCCCUUAAAACAGUUGGCCAGUUAAAGUAUUUUAGCACGUUUAACUCUAACAGAGUUCAUGGAAUUAAAUUUUCCAUAAACUAGAAUGAACUAAGGAACUAAACAGUAGUGUAGCCUAAUUGGUGUGUGAUGUAUAAAAAAAACAAAAAACUCACAUGCAGCCUUUGAUGUUGUAAUGCAGUUUGUUCCUGUCAAAUUACUUCAUUUUAUUUAACAGUGGGGAUUUAUGCAAUACUUUUUAAAAAAAAAAAAAUGAGACCGGCUAUUCCUCCACUGCUGGUCACAUUAUUAAGAGUGUAUAGAGUGUAAUGGCUCAAUGCUGAGAGCUCGGAUGGACACCUCAUGCCAGGACCUGUGUCGCUCACUCGCCAGCCAAAAUGAAAACAUAGACAUCUCACAGUCGGUGCUCUACACCUCCCUCAUGGGCUUGUUGCUGGUGGCUGACAAAGAGAGAGAGCUAACACUGGGCAGUGGACAAGUUGGACUGCAUAAUGCUGGGAACACAUGUUUUCUGAAUGCCAUUGUGCAGUGUCUCUCCCACACUCAGGGUCUUAGAGACUACUGUCUGACUAAAACCUAUCUUCAGGACAUGUGCUCCAGUCAAGAGCCAGAGCUGAUGAAUGAAUUCACCAAAGUUUUGGAAGGGCUGUGGUGCACAGAUGAAGGGAAAAGGACAGUCAAUCCUGAACGGUUCUAUCGUGUCUUUAAAGAGGCUAUGCCUUACUUCAGUGGAUACAGUCAGCAGGAUGCUCAGGAGUUCUUGCGAUUCCUUUUGGACCGUUUACAUACAGAAAUCAACCGCCGACCCUCACAUCACCCUGCCAUCUUUACCACUCCUGAGCCCAGCUACACUCAAUUCAGGAUUUCAGAAGAAGCAGCUGCUCUGUGGAAGAAACAUGUGGACAAGGAUGACAGUAUAAUUGUAGAUUUGUUCUCAGGACAGCUGCGCAGCUCGCUGCACUGCUCAGUCUGCUCACACUACUCCAACACCUUUGAUGUGUUCUGUGAUCUGUCCUUGUCUAUCCCAAAGAUGAGUGACUCCAGAGCAGGUGUAACCCUUCGGGAAUGUCUGGAUCUGUUCUCACACGAGGAAAAACUCAGCAAAGAAAAUUCACCUAUGUGUGAGAAGUGUAAUCGUCGCACAGAGACUACAAAAAGUCUAACCAUCCAGAGAUUCCCUAAAAUCCUGGUGAUACACUUAAAGCGCUUUACAGCAUCAAGGUAUUCAAUCCGGAAAAGCACAGUACCAGUGUCAUUCCCGCUUACUGAUCUUGACUUGGGACCUUUUGGACCGAGUGACUGCGGCCCAGUGCUGUAUGACCUAUAUGCUCUAUGCAACCACACUGGCACUGUGAACAUGGGUCAUUACACAGCUGUCUGCAAAGAAGAGGAAGGCUGGUGCUGCUAUAAUGACUCGUGUGUUACCCAAAUAUCUGAGGACCAGCUUCAGUCCAGCCAGGUGUAUCUUCUCUUCUACAAACUUAAAAACAGUAUGGCCUCCAGGAAAUGAAUCUCCUUUAUUGGACUUUAGCAGGCAAUUCCACUGCCAAGGGAAAGAAAUUUAUGUGGCAGUGUUCACAGACUAUUCAGCAGAGACAUGAUAGAAGAAACAUGGAUUCAGUGAAGCUUGCUCAUUGCUGUCUGAUUGAACUGCCAGCAGAAAUGUUUGUUAUAUUCAAACUGCUUGAAUUAUUUUUUUGGUGUUUUGGUGUAAACAUUUUCUACUAGGCCACAGGCAUUGUUUUGUUUGUUUGUUUGUUUGUUUGUUUGUUAAAUAAAAAAAACAUUU